GUUUAAUUUAACGAUGUUAGCUUAGGCUCUGCGGUGAGAGUUAGAGAGAUAGAGAGAGAGAGAUAAAGCGCUUUUCUUUUUUGUUAUCUUCGGUGGUUUCUCUUUUUUUUUUUGUAGGUACUCAGAAGGAAGAAGACUCAAUACGUGGGCUUCACUUAGCUAAGAGCACAAUUCAGGCAAGGCCUUGAACUCGGAGAGUAUAAGAUUUUACUUAGGAGUUGCUGUUUCAACUGAAGGAAUGGAGGUAUAUGGCAAAUCUAUGGUUGCUGGUCCUGCAAAUGUUAUUUUUCUGUCAAGCAUUUUGGGCCGAGAUGGUCCGAUUCCUGUUCACAAAUGCGACUGGAAAUGUGAAAAUGAACAUGUUUGUGGAAACAUGUAUCGCUGCAAGCUAACAGGGCUGACUCACAUCUGUGAUAAAAAUUGUAACCAGAGAAUUCUGUAUGACAACCAUAGCUCUCUUUGUCGAGCUAGUCGUCAAACUUUCCCCCUUACACCGGCAGAGGAACAAGCGGUGCGGGGUGUUCGAAGAAAGCUUGAUGCAGAAAAUUCUCCUACUGAUGGCUGUGGUUUUAAGCGUAGACGGGAUGCCCAAUUCCAUCCGUCUCCUUUUGAGAGAUCUUUUUCUUCUGCCAGUCCUAUCUGCAGCCAAGUUGGAGAUGGCAUGGAUAUGAGCUAGAUAUAUGUUAUAUAACUGGAAGAACUCUUUAUCAUUUCACUUGUCCUUUAUUUUCCCCCUUUUUCUACAUUAGAUGAGUAUGAAUAAUGGAACUUGAACAAUUAUGGAUUACUUAUUGAUGGACAUGCUGUAUGUUCAUCUAUUGUAGGAACUCCUCAUAUUUUUAGUUUAAUGUAAUGUAGAGCUUAAUGUAGCUUGACUGUUGAAUGGGGAUUUGAGCUGGCUCUAUUAUUCAGAUAUAUGAAAUCUGAUUUAAGUUUCUUGCUAACCUUAGUGAGAAGCGGACUACCGGACCUGGAUCUGAAUGGUGUACUAUCUAUCAACAAUGUAAACUGUGAACCUUUUCUAGCUGGCUGUCAAGUUUCUAGUAUUUCUUAAUUGCAGGGCAGAACUUUUAGAGUAUUAGUGUACUCAUUACUAAUGCUACUGCUACCGGGUUGUACUAUUUUACUCCUUCUGCUUCCCUUAAUUCCACUAGAAUAGCACUCAAUUAUCAAUCUUCUCCCUUAGGCUGAUAACCUAGUCAGGGUUAUGUUGGUUACCUUCAAUUUUGUACGCUCAGGUUCUCUCCGGUUCCUCGUAUGAGCAAAGUCUUUGUGCAUGUGAAAACUAAUUUUUAACUUUGCUGUCAAAUUUCUUAUCUUGUUGCAGGCUCAGCAGAGACGAUAGUUCACGCUUUUUAUUUUAUUUUUUCCAAUUCAACUUUAUUAUCUUAUUCUUUCUGAGUUGACUGAUGGCUUGCUGUCUGAGUUUAAUGUAACUUGUGCAGGUUUUGAAGCAUGUCACUACCAAGGAGCAUUCAAAACAUUUGUUUUGCAAUAUUGAAUAAAACAUUGCAAUAUGGAAUUGCUCUAUGGUUGGAGAUGGAAUAUUGAUACUCUUGUCUCAUUGUUUUCUUGUAGGUACCUGCAUAACUACUUAUGCUCUAGUUUGCCUCUGCUCUGAAGUUUGGAUAUGACAUCAAUUAUGGGGAUGUAAAUAGUCAUGAGAGGAGCAGCUGAUCCAGAGAGGGUGUAAGAGUUUAUGAAAGCACAGUUCUGAUGCUCUUCACAAGUUUUGGUGGAUGAUCGAGACAAUAUGGAAAGCUGAGAAAAUAUGCAUACUUAAUUUCAAUACAACUGUUGAAUUUGUCUUCCACUGUAUCAUCUCUUGCCUGUGGGCAGCGGCAUGAUUGAACAAAUAAGUGACCUGGCUUGUGAUAUUUAACUCAUCAGCACUGUCUUAUUAGUCAAAACUGCAUUUAUUUCUCUUAUCCCUCUUCCCUUCCGGCCUUCCCCCAUCCAAAUAGGGCCCUUAAAAUUGGAGGAUUGGAAGUUAUUUUUCCCUUGUAUUGUGAAAGCAAAUUCUCCUCAGCCUUGAUAAUGUUUUUUGCCAGUUUUUUGUUUGUUUCCUAGGUAGAUCCUGCGAUAGAGAUUUGUAAGCAUAUAUUUUUUUUAUUCUCUUGAUAAUUUUUGUAGCACUUAUACACAGUUCAUUUAUGAAAUUUGGAAUAGUCGAGUUUCUUGUGCCUAUCCAAAGCUUAGUUCGAGUUUGUUUUAAACACUUACAUUACAUAUUUUAGGUUGCGUUCGGAUAAUGUAAUUAAAAAUUUUAGGGAAUUUUAAAUUAUAUUAUUGAAAUUUGUAUUAUUUUAAAAUAUUUUAUUUAAAUAAAAUGAUUGAAUUUUAUAU